AUGAGAACGGAAGGUUCUUUCUGCCUGGGCCUUUAUCCCUCUCGCCAGACCGUCUCACGAUGUCAAAGAAGGGUGCCAGCUUUCGAGCUAAAGGAGAAAAACCGGACGCUUUGGCCGCCUUGCAAGCUGCUAAUGAAGAGCUCAGGGCGAAGCUCACAGACAUUCAAAUUGAACUUCAGCAAGAAAAGAGUAAGGCCAGCAAAUUGGAGAGGGAGAAAAACCAAGAAACUAGGCAGAUUAAAGAACACGAACAGCAUAAAAACACAGUCAUUGUAACGGAACUCAAGGCUAAACUUCAUGAGGAAAAAAUGAAAGAGCUCCAGGGUGUUCGCGAAGGACUUUUGAGGCAGCAUGAGGCUGAGAUUCUUAGAGUUAUCAAAAUUAAAGAUAAUGAGAUUCAGAGACUCCAAACCUUACUUAACGCUGUACGAGAUGGGACACCUGACAAGGUUAAGACGGUGCUCUACUCCGAAGCAAAAGAAGAGGCCAAGAAAGGAUUUGAAGCGGAGAAAAUUAAAAUGCAGCAGGAAAUUUUGGAACUGAAGGGGGCAAAGAAACAAGUGGAGGAAGCUUUAUCGGUAGUCAUUCAAGCUGACAAAAUAAAAGCAGCAGAGAUAAGGAGCGUUUAUCACCUACAUCAAGAAGAAAUCACCCGAAUAAAGAGAGAUUGUGAUCGGGAAAUUCGCAAGCUGAUGGAGGAGAUCAAAUUUAAAGACAGAGCAGUCUUCGUGCUGGAAAAAGAGUUAGGGGUUCAAGCUGGGCAAACUCAGAGACUUCAACUCCAAAAGGAGGCUUUAGAUGAACAGCUGUCCCAGCUCAGAGAGGCCGACCGGCAUCUGAGUAGCCCCAAGCGGGAACUUCCUCAUCCAAGUGGUGCAGGAGACACUUCAGAUCACUCAGGAAGCCCUGAACAGCAGCUGGAUGAAAGGGAUGCUCGGCGUUUCCAACUUAAAAUAGCCGAAUUAAGCGCCAUCAUCAGGAAACUCGAAGAUCGGAAUGCGUUACUGUCAGAGGAACGAAAUGAACUUGUGAAACGUGUACGAGAAUCUGAGAGCCAGUACAAACCACUGCUUGACAAAAAUAAACGUCUAAGUAGGAAAAAUGAGGACUUAUCCCACACCUUACGUCGUAUGGAAAACAAACUCAAAUUUGUAACGCAAGAGAACUUAGAAAUGAGGCAAAGAGUGAGGACGAUAAGAAGGCCAAGUUCUUUAAAUGAUCUUGAUCAAAAUCAAGAUGAAAGGGAAGUUGACUUUUUGCGGUUGCAGAUCAUGGAGCAGCAGAAUAUCAUAGAUGAGCUUUCAAAGACUCUAGAAACUGCCGGCUACGUGAAGAGUGUAAUCGAGCGUGACAAGCUUUUAAGAUACAAGAAACAAAGGAAGAAAUUUGCAAAAUUUCCCAAGAAGCCAGUGGUGGAAACAUUUUUUGGGUACGAUGAAGAAACAUCUCUUGAAUCGGAUGGCUCUUCAAUCUCAUAUCAAACGGAUCGAACAGAUCAAACUCCUUGCACGCCAGACGAUGACCUGGAAGAGGGCAUGGCAAAAGAAGAAACGGAGUUAAGAUUCAGGCAACUGACAAUGGAAUAUCAAGCUUUACAGAGAGCGUAUGCACUGUUGCAAGAACAAGUUGGAGGAACGUUGGAUGCUGAGCGAGAAGUUAAGACUCGUGAGCAGCUUCAGGCAGAAAUCCAGAGAUCCCAAGCUCAAAUAGAGGAUUUAGAAAAGGCACUUGCUGAACAAGGACAGGACAUGAAGUGGAUUGAAGAAAAACAGGCUUUAUACAAAAGAAACCAAGAGCUUGUGGAAAAGAUAAAACAAAUGGAAAUAGAAGAAGCUCGGUUAAAGCAUGAUGUUCAGGAUGCUAAAGAUCAAAAUGAACUGUUGGAAUUUAGAAUAUUAGAACUUGAGGAGAGAGAAAGAAGAUCACCAGCAAUUAAUUUUCAUCACAUUCCUUUUACGGAAGGGAAGAGCCCCCUCCAAGUCUACUGCGAGGCAGAAGGAGUAACAGAUAUACUAGUAGCAGACUUGAUGAAAAAACUGGAUAUUUUAGGGGAUAACGCCGUAAGUAACUUAACGAAUGACGAGCAAGUUAUAGUCAUACAAGCAAGGACAGUUUUGACACUGGCAGAAAAGUGGCUACAACAGAUAGAAGUUACAGAAUCAGCACUCCAACAAAAGAUGAUAGACUUAGAAAAUGAAAAGGACCUAUUUAGUAAACAAAAGGGGUAUCUGGAUGAUGAAUUGGAUUACAGGAAACAGACUUUAGAUCAAGCACACAAGCACAUUUUGGAAUUGGAAGCUAUGCUCUACGAUGCUCUACAGCAGGAAGCAGGAGCCAAAAUGUCAGAAAUACUGUCAGAUGAAGAGAGAGAGAAGUUGAAGAAUGCUGUGGAACAAUGGAAACGGCAGGUUAUGAGUGAACUCCGAGAAAGGGACUCCCAGAUUCUCCGAGAAAGGAUGGAGCAUAUUCAACAUGCACAGCAGAGAAUUAAGGAGCUAGAAGAAAGAAUUGAAGCUCAAAAAAGACAAAUAAAGGAAUUGGAAGAAAAGUUUUUAUUUUUGUUUUUAUUUUUUUCUCUAGCUUUCAUUCUUUGGUCCUAG